AUGCCUGUCCCAGGUUGGACUAAGAUGUCGGAGGAGCAGCGCGAGCUGGCGAGGGACUGGUAUAGCCGCGGGAAGAAGCCAUCCGAGAUAGCUGAGCUGCUAGGUAGGGACACCUCGACCAUGGCACGGCUUCUGUGUAUGCAGAAACAGCCGAAGAAACAGGGCCGGCCAAAAGCCUUGACCACGGCACAGGUCGACUUGCUCGAGCGGCGGCUGGAUGAGCUGAUCGUGAAGGUGGACGGCGCGACUACCAUCACCGUCGAGACCUUGAAGAAGGCGACAAAAUCCAAGGCAAGCACGCAAUGCAUCUUGCAUGCACUGCACAAGCGGAACAUUUACUUCCGCAAGCUUCGGGAGAAGCCUGUGCUGACGCCUGCGGAUAUCCGAGACAGGUAUGCGUUCGCGAAGAAGUAUCGUGGCAAAUCGAAGCAGUGGUGGCUUAGCAAUGUGCAUGCGUUCAUCGACGGGAAGCACUUUCAGGUUUACCUGACUGGAGCUGAACGUGUGCGUGCCGCCAAGCACGUCACGUUUGGUGCUUACCGCCGCCCUGGACAAGGUUUGUGCAAAGGCUAUGUGAAACCCAAGGAGGGCAAUCUGAGGCACAACACCGGAGCCAAGGGUGUCUUGCUGCAUGUGGGUGUCGGCGCCGGCAAGGUCAUCUCUGUCCAGGAGGUCGCAGGGCGGUGGAAUGGUAACUCGGCGAGCGUCUUCUACAAGACACUUGCCAAGGACUUGGCUAAGGCAUGGCCUGGUAAGCGCAAGUACACAGUCCUCGAGGACAAUGACCCGACCGGGUACAAGUCUUCGAAGGGUUUGGCUGCGAAGCACGAAGCCCAGAUUGGUGUCCUGGAGAUCCCGAAGCGUAGCCCAGAUCUCUCGGUCUUGGAUUAUGCCAUUUGGAAGGAGGUCAACAAGCGCUUGCGGAAGCAGGAGAAGACGUGGAGUGGCGCCAAGCGUGAGACGCGGCCGCAGUACCUGAAGCGCCUGAAGAGGACCAUCCGCAACCUGCCCAAAGCCUUCCUUGAGGACAGCAUCGGGGACAUGGUCCGACGCUGCAAGCGGCUGUAUGAGUCCAAGGGCUACUUUUUCGAAGAGGUGACGUUCGCUGCUGUUCUGAGCGAGACUGCUCUGGAAGCCGAAACUCCUCUGAAAGACUUGGCAGACCUCUCCCGCCUCCAAGUUCGGGAUGCCUUGUUGGACGCAGUCGCGCAUCCUGUGCCGGAGGCGACUCCUCGAGGUGGGCGGCCUCGGAGCAAGGUUUUGGAGGUCGUGAAGCUCGUUGUGUUUCUGGAGGAGCCAAAGCACUUCCACGCAGCUCUCAAGCUGAACACUUCAACGCGGUUCAUGCCACUAAAACUCGCGCUGCGGCAGCGGUCUGGCUUGGCCUCGCAUUGGAGCACAACGCACAAGCAGUGGUGGAGUGCCUUGCGCUAUGGUGUUUUCACAACGGAGCGGAAGCCUGUUGUUGACUUCCAACCAGUAGCGUGGCUGAAGAGUCUCGGAAGUUUGGAGGCAAUCCAGGAGUACGGCUCGCACGCCUGCCAGCUCUUCUGUGUGCGGAACCAGAAGCGGCUUUCUGAACUGAUCGCUGGUGCGGAGCAGUGGCAAGGUGCAAAGCAGCAGCAUGCACUGGAGCAGGAGAGCGACUGGGCAGUAGUGCAGAGACUCGCGCAGACAAGUUGCAGCUGUCAAGGCAGCUGUGAGUGGUCAGAGGCGGCAUGCGACUUCUUCAGCCGCAACCAUGCCACUAUUGACCAGGAGCUGCUUGCAGCCAGCUUAGCUAACGUUAUCUGCCACGGUCCGAGCAAGACAGCCCGUGUCCCCAUGCUAGCCGGCACGACCAAUGCCGGGAAGAGUAUGAUCUUGGAUCCACUUGUCAACGUCUUCGGCCGAAACGCAGUGGACUUUUGCCCAGCCCUCGGAGCAUCGAUGGCCCUGAGUUCGCUGGCGACCAACAAAGCUAUUCGCUUCAUCUACUGGGACGAGUUCUCUCCUACAGAGUUUGCGUCUCGCCCAGCAAGGUCGCCCACAGUGCCUGCCGUGACUUUCAAGAAGCUUUUUGCGGGCCAAAUCUUGCGAAUUCAGGUGAGCCAGUCGCAUCACGAUGGCAAUCCUGAUUUCAAGUGGACGAGAGGUGCAGCACUCACGGCUCCGCUGGAGGGACUGUGGGAUGCAACCUCACCGGUUUCCCGAGAGGAUGUGCGGCAUAUGCAAAGUCGCGUCAUCCAAUUUGAUGCUCAUGUUGCCAUCAAUGGGGCCUUAAAGAAGGUACCACAUUGUUGGACUAAGAUGUCGGAGGAGCAGCGCGAGCUGGCGAGGGACUGGUAUAGCCGCGGGAAGAAGCCAUCCGAGAUAGCUGAGCUGCUAGGUAGGGACACCUCGACCAUGGCACGGCUUCUGUGUAUGCAGAAACAGCCGAAGAAACAGGGCCGGCCAAAAGCCUUGACCACGGCACAGGUCGACUUGCUCGAGCGGCGGCUGGAUGAGCUGAUCGUGAAGGUGGACGGCGCGACUACCAUCACCGUCGAGACCUUGAAGAAGGCGACAAAAUCCAAGGCAAGCACGCAAUGCAUCUUGCAUGCACUGCACAAGCGGAACAUUUACUUCCGCAAGCUUCGGGAGAAGCCUGUGCUGACGCCUGCGGAUAUCCGAGACAGGUAUGCGUUCGCGAAGAAGUAUCGUGGCAAAUCGAAGCAGUGGUGGCUUAGCAAUGUGCAUGCGUUCAUCGACGGGAAGCACUUUCAGGUUUACCUGACUGGAGCUGAACGUGUGCGUGCCGCCAAGCACGUCACGUUUGGUGCUUACCGCCGCCCUGGACAAGGUUUGUGCAAAGGCUAUGUGAAACCCAAGGAGGGCAAUCUGAGGCACAACACCGGAGCCAAGGGUGUCUUGCUGCAUGUGGGUGUCGGCGCCGGCAAGGUCAUCUCUGUCCAGGAGGUCGCAGGGCGGUGGAAUGGUAACUCGGCGAGCGUUUUCUACAAGACACUUGCCAAGGACUUGGCUAAGGCAUGGCCUGGUAAGCGCAAGUACACAGUCCUCGAGGACAAUGACCCGACCGGGUACAAGUCUUCGAAGGGUUUGGCUGCGAAGCACGAAGCCCAGAUUGGUGUCCUGGAGAUCCCGAAGCGUAGCCCAGAUCUCUCGGUCUUGGAUUAUGCCAUUUGGAAGGAGGUCAACAAGCGCUUGCGGAAGCAGGAGAAGACGUGGAGUGGCGCCAAGCGUGAGACGCGGCCGCAGUACCUGAAGCGCCUGAAGAGGACCAUCCGCAACCUGCCCAAAGCCUUCCUUGAGGACAGCAUCGGGGACAUGGUCCGACGCUGCAAGCGGCUGUAUGAGUCCAAGGGCUACUUUUUCGAAGAGGUGACGUUCGCUGCUGUUCUGAGCGAGACUGCUCUGGAAGCCGAAACUCCUCUGAAAGACUUGGCAGACCACUCCCGCCUCCAAGUUCGGGAUGCCUUGUUGGACGCAGUCGCGCAUCCUGUGCCGGAGGCGACUCCUCGAGGUGGGCGGCCUCGGAGCAAGGUUUUGGAGGUCGUGAAGCUCGUUGUGUUUCUGGAGGAGCCAAAGCACUUCCACGCAGCUCUCAAGCUGAACACUUCAACGCGGUUCAUGCCACUAAAACUCGCGCUGCGGCAGCGGUCUGGCUUGGCCUCGCAUUGGAGCACAACGCACAAGCAGUGGUGGAGUGCCUUGCGCUAUGGUGUUUUCACAACGGAGCGGAAGCCUGUUGUUGACUUCCAACCAGUAGCGUGGCUGAAGAGUCUCGGAAGUUUGGAGGCAAUCCAGGUUGGAGACCGUCCGUGCCAAGAGUUUGUUGUUCCUGGUAGGGAUGCAGUUGUCCUUAACCUCUACGAGGAAUCCCAGGAGCCUUGGAGUGCCACCAUGUGGACCAAGCGGCGCCAACAGGCCGAGGCUGCUGCUGCUGGUGCUGAGGCUUCCGGUGGCAAGAAAGCACGAGUCCCCAAGUUCAACCUCUUGGACUUCACGGCUCUGGCUCUGGAAAAAAAGCUGCUGACUCCAAGUGCAGUGCUAGCUUAUGUGCAGGAGUACGGCUCGCACGCCUGCCAGCUCUUCUGUGUGCGGAACCAGAAGCGGCUUUCUGAACUGAUCGCUGGUGCGGAGCAGUGGCAAGGUGCAAAGCAGCAGCAUGCACUGGAGCAGGAGAGCGACUGGGCAGUAGUGCAGAGACUCGCGCAGACAAGUUGCAGCUGUCAAGGCAGCUGUGAGUGGUCAGAGGCGGCAUGCGACUUCUUCAGCCGCAACCAUGCCACUAUUGACCAGGAGCUGCUUGCAGCCAGCUUAGCUAACGUUAUCUGCCACGGUCCGAGCAAGACAGCCCGUGUCCCCAUGCUAGCCGGCACGACCAAUGCCGGGAAGAGUAUGAUCUUGGAUCCACUUGUCAACGUCUUCGGCCGAAACGCAGUGGACUUUUGCCCAGCCCUCGGAGCAUCGAUGGCCCUGAGUUCGCUGGCGACCAACAAAGCUAUUCGCUUCAUCUACUGGGACGAGUUCUCUCCUACAGAGUUUGCGUCUCGCCCAGCAAGGUCGCCCACAGUGCCUGCCGUGACUUUCAAGAAGCUUUUUGCGGGCCAAAUCUUGCGAAUUCAGGUGAGCCAGUCGCAUCACGAUGGCAAUCCUGAUUUCAAGUGGACGAGAGGUGCAGCACUCACGGCUCCGCUGGAGGGACUGUGGGAUGCAACCUCACCGGUUUCCCGAGAGGAUGUGCGGCAUAUGCAAAGUCGCGUCAUCCAAUUUGAUGCUCAUGUUGCCAUCAAUGGGGCCUUAAAGAAGGUACCACAUUGUUGGACUAAGAUGUCGGAGGAGCAGCGCGAGCUGGCGAGGGACUGGUAUAGCCGCGGGAAGAAGCCAUCCGAGAUAGCUGAGCUGCUAGGUAGGGACACCUCGACCAUGACACGGCUUCUGUGUAUGCAGAAACAGCCGAAGAAACAGGGCCGGCCAAAAGCCUUGACCACGGCACAGGUCGACUUGCUCGAGCGGCGGCUGGAUGAGCUGAUCGUGAAGGUGGACGGCGCGACUACCAUCACCGUCGAGACCUUGAAGAAGGCGACAAAAUCCAAGGCAAGCACGCAAUGCAUCUUGCAUGCACUGCACAAGCGGAACAUUUACUUCCGCAAGCUUCGGGAGAAGCCUGUGCUGACGCCUGCGGAUAUCCGAGACAGGUAUGCGUUCGCGAAGAAGUAUCGUGGCAAAUCGAAGCAGUGGUGGCUUAGCAAUGUGCAUGCGUUCAUCGACGGGAAGCACUUUCAGGUUUACCUGACUGGAGCUGAACGUGUGCGUGCCGCCAAGCACGUCACGUUUGGUGCUUACCGCCGCCCUGGACAAGGUUUGUGCAAAGGCUAUGUGAAACCCAAGGAGGGCAAUCUGAGGCACAACACCGGAGCCAAGGGUGUCUUGCUGCAUGUGGGUGUCGGCGCCGGCAAGGUCAUCUCUGUCCAGGAGGAGGGCAAUCUGAGGGACAACACCGGAGCCAAGGGUGUCUUGCUGCAUGUGGGUGUCGGCGCCGGCAAGGUCAUCUCUGUCCAGGAGGUCGCAGGGCGGUGGAAUGGUAACUCGGCGAGCGUCUUCUACAAGACACUUGCCAAGGACUUGGCUAAGGCAUGGCCUGGUAAGCGCAAGUACACAGUCCUCGAGGACAAUGACCCGACCGGGUACAAGUCUUCGAAGGGUUUGGCUGCGAAGCACGAAGCCCAGAUUGGUGUCCUGGAGAUCCCGAAGCGUAGCCCAGAUCUCUCGGUCUUGGAUUAUGCCAUUUGGAAGGAGGUCAACAAGCGCUUGCGGAAGCAGGAGAAGACGUGGAGUGGCGCCAAGCGUGAGACGCGGCCGCAGUACCUGAAGCGCCUGAAGAGGACCAUCCGCAACCUGCCCAAAGCCUUCCUUGAGGACAGCAUCGGGGUGCAGGCGAGGCCGGAGGCUACGCUGCGACCCGGCAACUUCUCCUUGACCUUGAUGUGUGAUUGGCUUGCGCCAGAGCUCGGCAUGCCUAGCUCCAGCUCCUCGUCCUCCGGCGACGAUGACUGUCCAACUGCUCUGGAAGCCGAAACUCCUCUGAAAGACUUGGCAGACCUCUCCCGCCUCCAAGUUCGGGAUGCCUUGUUGGACGCAGUCGCGCAUCCUGUGCCGGAGGCGACUCCUCGAGGUGGGCGGCCUCGGAGCAAGGUUUUGGAGGUCGUGAAGCUCGUUGUGUUUCUGGAGGAGCCAAAGCACUUCCACGCAGCUCUCAAGCUGAACACUUCAACGCGGUUCAUGCCACUAAAACUCGCGCUGCGGCAGCGGUCUGGCUUGGCCUCGCAUUGGAGCACAACGCACAAGCAGUGGUGGAGUGCCUUGCGCUAUGGUGUUUUCACAACGGAGCGGAAGCCUGUUGUUGACUUCCAACCAGUAGCGUGGCUGAAGAGUCUCGGAAGUUUGGAGGCAAUCCAGGAAUCCCAGGAGCCUUGGAGUGCCACCAUGUGGACCAAGCGGCGCCAACAGGCCGAGGCUGCUGCUGCUGGUGCUGAGGCUUCCGGUGGCAAGAAAGCACGAGUCCCCAAGUUCAACCUCUUGGACUUCACGGCUCUGGCUCUGGAAAAAAAGCUGCUGACUCCAAGUGCAGUGCUAGCUUAUGUGCAGGAGUACGGCUCGCACGCCUGCCAGCUCUUCUGUGUGCGGAACCAGAAGCGGCUUUCUGAACUGAUCGCUGGUGCGGAGCAGUGGCAAGGUGCAAAGCAGCAGCAUGCACUGGAGCAGGAGAGCGACUGGGCAGUAGUGCAGAGACUCGCGCAGACAAGUUGCAGCUGUCAAGGCAGCUGUGAGUGGUCAGAGGCGGCAUGCGACUUCUUCAGCCGCAACCAUGCCACUAUUGACCAGGAGCUGCUUGCAGCCAGCUUAGCUAACGUUAUCUGCCACGGUCCGAGCAAGACAGCCCGUGUCCCCAUGCUAGCCGGCACGACCAAUGCCGGGAAGAGUAUGAUCUUGGAUCCACUUGUCAACGUCUUCGGCCGAAACGCAGUGGACUUUUGCCCAGCCCUCGGAGCAUCGAUGGCCCUGAGUUCGCUGGCGACCAACAAAGCUAUUCGCUUCAUCUACUGGGACGAGUUCUCUCCUACAGAGUUUGCGUCUCGCCCAGCAAGGUCGCCCACAGUGCCUGCCGUGACUUUCAAGAAGCUUUUUGCGGGCCAAAUCUUGCGAAUUCAGGUGAGCCAGUCGCAUCACGAUGGCAAUCCUGAUUUCAAGUGGACGAGAGGUGCAGCACUCACGGCUCCGCUGGAGGGACUGUGGGAUGCAACCUCACCGGUUUCCCGAGAGGAUGUGCGGCAUAUGCAAAGUCGCGUCAUCCAAUUUGAUGCUCAUGUUGCCAUCAAUGGGGCCUUAAAGAAGGUUGUUUGGGGUAGAAAGUGGGUGAUGUUUUUUUUUGGCUCCGUCGAGCUGGGCUGUUUCGAGCAAAAAGUGGGUGGUGUCUUUUUUUUUGGCUCCGUCGAGCUGGGCUACUUCGGGCAAAAAGUGGGUGUUUUUUUUUUUGGCUCCGUCGAGCUGGGUUGGACUAAGAUGUCGGAGGAGCAGCGCGAGCUGGCGAGGGACUGGUAUAGCCGCGGGAAGAAGCCAUCCGAGAUAGCUGAGCUGCUAGGUAGGGACACCUCGACCAUGGCACGGCUUCUGUGUAUGCAGAAACAGCCGAAGAAACAGGGCCGGCCAAAAGCCUUGACCACGGCACAGGUCGACUUGCUCGAGCGGCGGCUGGAUGAGCUGAUCGUGAAGGUGGACGGCGCGACUACCAUCACCGUCGAGACCUUGAAGAAGGCGACAAAAUCCAAGGCAAGCACGCAAUGCAUCUUGCAUGCACUGCACAAGCGGAACAUUUACUUCCGCAAGCUUCGGGAGAAGCCUGUGCUGACGCCUGCGGAUAUCCGAGACAGGUAUGCGUUCGCGAAGAAGUAUCGUGGCAAAUCGAAGCAGUGGUGGCUUAGCAAUGUGCAUGCGUUCAUCGACGGGAAGCACUUUCAGGUUUACCUGACUGGAGCUGAACGUGUGCGUGCCGCCAAGCACGUCACGUUUGGUGCUUACCGCCGCCCUGGACAAGGUUUGUGCAAAGGCUAUGUGAAACCCAAGGAGGGCAAUCUGAGGCACAACACCGGAGCCAAGGGUGUCUUGCUGCAUGUGGGUGUCGGCGCCGGCAAGGUCAUCUCUGUCCAGGAGGUCGCAGGGCGGUGGAAUGGUAACUCGGCGAGCGUCUUCUACAAGACACUUGCCAAGGACUUGGCUAAGGCAUGGCCUGGUAAGCGCAAGUACACAGUCCUCGAGGACAAUGACCCGACCGGGUACAAGUCUUCGAAGGGUUUGGCUGCGAAGCACGAAGCCCAGAUUGGUGUCCUGGAGAUCCCGAAGCGUAGCCCAGAUCUCUCGGUCUUGGAUUAUGCCAUUUGGAAGGAGGUCAACAAGCGCUUGCGGAAGCAGGAGAAGACGUGGAGUGGCGCCAAGCGUGAGACGCGGCCGCAGUACCUGAAGCGCCUGAAGAGGACCAUCCGCAACCUGCCCAAAGCCUUCCUUGAGGACAGCAUCGGGGACAUGGUCCGAAGCUGCAAGCGGCUGUAUGAGUCCAAGGGCUACUUUUUCGAAGAGGCCCGACUGGCUGACCCAGUGACGUUCGCUGCUGUUCUGAGCGAGACUGCUCUGGAAGCCGAAACUCCUCUGAAAGACUUGGCAGACCUCUCCCGCCUCCAAGUUCGGGAUGCCUUGUUGGACGCAGUCGCGCAUCCUGUGCCGGAGGCGACUCCUCGAGGUGGGCGGCCUCGGAGCAAGGUUUUGGAGGUCGUGAAGCUCGUUGUGUUUCUGGAGGAGCCAAAGCACUUCCACGCAGCUCUCAAGCUGAACACUUCAACGCGGUUCAUGCCACUAAAACUCGCGCUGCGGCAGCGGUCUGGCUUGGCCUCGCAUUGGAGCACAACGCACAAGCAGUGGUGGAGUGCCUUGCGCUAUGGUGUUUUCACAACGGAGCGGAAGCCUGUUGUUGACUUCCAACCAGUAGCGUGGCUGAAGAGUCUCGGAAGUUUGGAGGCAAUCCAGGUUGGAGACCGUCCGUGCCAAGAGUUUGUUGUUCCUGGUAGGGAUGCAGUUGUCCUUAACCUCUACGAGGAAUCCCAGGAGCCUUGGAGUGCCACCAUGUGGACCAAGCGGCGCCAACAGGCCGAGGCUGCUGCUGCUGGUGCUGAGGCUUCCGGUGGCAAGAAAGCACGAGUCCCCAAGUUCAACCUCUUGGACUUCACGGCUCUGGUUCUGGAAAAAAAGCUGCUGACUCCAAGUGCAGUGCUAGCUUAUGUGCAGGAGUACGGCUCGCACGCCUGCCAGCUCUUCUGUGUGCGGAACCAGAAGCGGCUUUCUGAACUGAUCGCUGGUGCGGAGCAGUGGCAAGGUGCAAAGCAGCAGCAUGCACUGGAGCAGGAGAGCGACUGGGCAGUAGUGCAGAGACUCGCGCAGACAAGUUGCAGCUGUCAAGGCAGCUGUGAGUGGUCAGAGGCGGCAUGCGACUUCUUCAGCCGCAACCAUGCCACUAUUGACCAGGAGCUGCUUGCAGCCAGCUUAGCUAACGUUAUCUGCCACGGUCCGAGCAAGACAGCCCGUGUCCCCAUGCUAGCCGGCACGACCAAUGCCGGGAAGAGUAUGAUCUUGGAUCCACUUGUCAACGUCUUCGGCCGAAACGCAGUGGACUUUUGCCCAGCCCUCGGAGCAUCGAUGGCCCUGAGUUCGCUGGCGACCAACAAAGCUAUUCGCUUCAUCUACUGGGACGAGUUCUCUCCUACAGAGUUUGCGUCUCGCCCAGCAAGGUCGCCCACAGUGCCUGCCGUGACUUUCAAGAAGCUUUUUGCGGGCCAAAUCUUGCGAAUUCAGGUGAGCCAGUCGCAUCACGAUGGCAAUCCUGAUUUCAAGUGGACGAGAGGUGCAGCACUCACGGCUCCGCUGGAGGGACUGUGGGAUGCAACCUCACCGGUUUCCCGAGAGGAUGUGCGGCAUAUGCAAAGUCGCGUCAUCCAAUUUGAUGCUCAUGUUGCCAUCAAUGGGGCCUUAAAGAAGGUACCACAUUGUGCCUCGAGCUGGUGCAGAUUCGUAACGGAAUCCUCUGCUGCGUACGCAGCACGCCGUCAAAGGCACUUGAGUGCCAGCGCAGCAGACCCUGUGAUUGAUGAGGAAGACCUGUAA